AUGCAUGUUGCCACCCCACAUAUUGAAAGACGAAGGGUUUACUUGCCACAUCCUGACUUGCCAAAUCCUGACUUUCCAAAUCCUGACUUUCCAAAUCCUGACUUACCAAAUCCUGACUUGCCAAAUCCUGACUUGCCAAAUCCUGACUUGCCAAAUCCUUACUUGCCAAAUCCUGACUUGCCAAAUCCCGACUUGCCACAUCCUUACUUGCCAAAUCCUGAUUUGCCAAAUCCUGAUUUGCCAAAUCCUGACUUUCCGAAUCCUGACUUGCUAAAUCCUGACUUGCCAAAUCCUGACUUACUAAAUCCUGACUUGCCAAAUCCUGACUUUCCGAACCCUGACUUUCCAAACCCUGACUUGCCAAAUCAUGACUUUCCAAACCCUGACUUUCCAAAUCCUGACUUGCCAAACCCUGACUUGCUAAAUCCUGACUUGCCAAAUCCUGACUUGCCAAAUCCUGACUUGCCAGAUCCUGACUUGUCAAAUCCUGUCUUUCCGAAUCCUGACUUGCCAAACCAUGACUUGCUAAAUCCUGACUUGAAAAAUCCUGACUUACUAAAUCCUGACUUGCCAAAUCCUGACUUUCCGAACCCUGACUUUCCAAACCCUGACUUUCCAAAUCCUGACUUGCCAAAUCCUUACUUGCCAAAUCCUGACUUGCCAAAUACUGACUUGCCAAACACUGAUUUGACAAGACAGACUCGCUACAGCCGGACCUUUGAAAAGCCAAACAUUACUGAAAACAGAACGCUCAUAACAAUAGUCCUUAAUCUCGGCAGGCAAAGACAAGUCAAUAUUACGCCAUGCUAA